UCUUCUCUGCUCGUGAAGAAAUUUGUUAGGCAAACCAUGGAAAAUCGUUUAAUAUCUCCUCCUCCUAUGUAACCCCAAGAGAUUUAAGCAGUUUGCGAUGAUUAGUCGGGUGGUUCUGUUACUGUUGUUGGCUGCCGGCAGUCUGGUGGACUUUGCCAAAUCGAAUUCUCUGAAUCUCGUUGUCAGGCACAACUAUCCGGUGGAGCAGCACAAGCUGACGACGAGCGAUGGCUACAUUCUCACCAUAUUUCGAAUUCCAUAUUCGUUGAGUGAUGGCGAGACGCAAGGCCAGGGCAAGCCGGUUGUCUUUCUGCAGCACGGUAUCACAGGGUCCUCUGACGACUGGCUGCUCAAUGGCCCCAAGAGUGGGCUGGCAUAUCUGCUGGCCGAUGCGGGCUUUGACGUGUGGCUGGGCAACUCUCGGGGCAAUUCCAACGGACGCGAGAACCAGAAACUGAAGCCCAGCAACGAAAAGUUCUGGAAGUUCAGCUGGCACGAGAUCGGUGCCUACGAUCUGCCAGCCCAGAUCGAUUAUGUGCUCCGGAUCACGAAUCAAGCGGCGCUGCAUUUUAUUGGUCACUCCCAGGGCGGUACCGCCUACCUGGUGAUGCUCGCGGAGCAUCCGGAGUACAACGAAAAGAUAUCUACGACAAAUCUGCUGGCACCUCUGGCCUUCUGCAGUAACAUGGAGUCCAAACUAAUGACGCUGGUACUGAAGGUGAACGAGUACAUGGUCGACGGGGAAUAUAGCCAAAGUAGCCUGACGAAUCACCCGUUAUCCAACGUAUUCUGUUCCACCCUUAUUGGGAAGCAUCUCUGUCACGACAUGUUGUUCACGCUCAUUGGUGGCAACUCGCCGCACAUUAACAAGACACUCGUACCACAGCUGGAAAAGACUACGUCAUCGGGCUUCUCCAACAUGCUGCUGAAGCACUACGCGCAGGUGUUUAAAACGGGAAGAUUUGCCAAGUAUGACUAUGGGAAUGCCACCAAUCUCGAGGUUUACGGCACAAGCAAGCCGCCACUCUACGAUCUGAGCAACGUUGCUCCGACAGACAUGGUGCACAUGUUCUACAGCGACAACGAUCAGUUGCUGUCGGUUGAGGAUGCGGAGCGUCUUGGCCAGCGGAUUAAUGCCAUUCAGAAUCACGUGGAGGUGAAGAACUGGAACCAUUUGGAUUAUGUUUACGCCACAGACGUAGUGCAGGUCAUCUACGAACAGCUUAUUCAAUCGAUCCGUGACUACAAGCCGAAUCUCAUCUGAUUUGAAUGCUAUUUCAAUAUAUUUAUGUAUGCCAGAAAAGUCA